UUUUCUCCGUUUUUUUCCACAAAUUAACAAAUUUUGCAUUAGCAAUAGAAACACAAAAAAAGUCAUACUCAUAGUUUUACACAUUUUUAAUUUAAUUGUUGCAAACAAAAUAAAAAGUAAAAGUUGUUUGUAUGUGAGGGCAAACUGUGACUGUUCAGGAACAGUAUGUACAAUGCCAAUUAUAUGGAUGGCGUACCAGUUAAGAUAGCCGAAAAAUAUAAACCUCCUCCUCCUAUCUAUAAACUGCCACAAUCAUUGGCAAACAAAUUGAAUUUGGAAGAAAACUAUUAUCGGAAUUGCCCAGUGUUUUCAUACGAUUUGCAACUCGAGCAGAAGGCCUUGUCAAAAAUUGAACAAUGGAAACGUAUACGUCAGCGUAAUAAGGAACUGAGAAGGGAGCGAAUCUCGAGAAGGGAACAGCAACGUAAACGGGAGGAUGAAGAUAGACAAAAGAAUCUACUUUAUAGCGUAUCAUAUCCUAGUACAGAUGACCUAUCCUCGGGGGAGGAAGAAGAAAAAGUAGAAAUGGAUAUGAAAUGCAGAAAGAAUGGUACAGGCAUUUUAGAAUCCAAACAAACGGCACCGCAGAUUUGUGUGACGGAAACGGUGAAUAGCUUCCAUAAUAUAUUGCAACCGACAGUAUUGUCUUAUAAUAGCAGCUCUAGUAAUUCUAAUAGCACUCUGGCGAAUUCAUUCAAUUACAAAGAUUUUGAGGAUGAUACAUCCUCUCCCUUUGAUAAUAUUGAAUUGAAAACCAUUAAUGACUUGGACGUAUUGGCCCAAGUUUUACACAAUACCCAAAUAAAAUCUCCAGCCGAUGAACUAAUCAAUGAAAGUCCUAAUAAUGUAUACCCUGAGCAGAAACAGAUCACGCAAAUUCAUACGGAUUCGUUAAAAACAGCGGAAAACAUUCCAAAACCUAAUAAUAAUUUACCCAGAUUCAACUAUGAUCUUAACUCUACUCAGGGAGCGUUAACUGAGCUCAGGGACCAUCACACAAUAUCUAUGUCUGCAAUACAAUAUAAUGCCAACUUGCCUGCUCCCACUACGUCGCCUCAACACCAAUAUAAUGGACUAACCAAUUCGAAUAAUUAUUAUAAUUACCAAUCAAAUCAUGGCAACCAAAAUACCAAUAAAGUAGAUUCAGAAAAUCCUAUGCCAUAUAACAGAUUACAGGCGUUAAUGGAGGACCAAGUGACCAAAUCGAAAAGUGUGCCGGAUAUUUUAAAAGAACUGCGUGAUGAAGUUCGAAACUCAGAAAUUAGAAGAUACAAAAAUUGUAGUUACAAUACGGAAGAAUCUACUGAAAACAUUGAAGCAACAACAAAAAUUAAUGAUACUGAUACUGAGAAGGAAGAUAUAUUAAGUAAAUUGGAUAGUAAAGCCAAGCAACUAGUUGAUCAAAUAAGUGCAAUGGGAUUUCCUUAUAAACGUGUAGCAAGAAUUGUUCAACUUGUGGGAACUGAUGAUAAAAAGGUUAUUGAGCAUCUAAUACCCCUAAGUGAACUUGUGGACUUGGGAUUUGAAGAAAGUAAAAUAUCUGAUGCGUUAAUACGUAAUGAAAAUAAUAAAAAUAAAGCUUUGGACGAUUUAAUUUCAUAGUUAUAUGUGAAGAAGAUGAUGUUGAUCAAUCAUUCUUAUUCAGACGCGUUUUCAAAACAUUGAAACUUGUUAGAACUCACUACUAAAUACAAUGUUAUUUUUUUUAAAAAAAAAGCUUAUUAGAAUCAUACUUUGAAAGAUAUUUUUGUUAAUUUGAAAUGAUUUGCAUGCAGUCCACUACAAAUUUUCAUUGCAGUAUGUAAUUUAAUGAACUGCAUCUUUUUAACAAAAUAUAAUAAAUAAUACAAAUAUAUAAAUAUCGUAUUUCUUUACAAGAUUGUUUAA